AUGGGACACGAAGCUCGCCGAGACGAAAUUGUGAAGCUGUUCUCAGAGUUCUCCACGCCAGAGGAGUUUCGCCGUUUCUUUCGGGUAUUUGCCAAAGAAUUUACAACCGAACAGAAGCUGGAUCGAUUGUUAGCUAAUGAAAAUGUAAAGCUUCGCGGUGAUCGUGCCGCUCAGGAGAACUUUGUAUGCACUUUGAUAUCGAUAUUAUUCCGGAGUAUUAGCGGUAGAGAUGCUUUUCAAAUUGAGGAAGUACUUCCCGAGGCUCAACCCUACAUGACAUUUUUCGUUGAAGGCUUCUCCUACAUGAGUACCAAUCCUGUAUUCCUCGACUACCACCGCAGCAUUAUUGGCAAACACAUCUGGAAGGAGAUGCGCGGCUCGGAAUUUACAUUUGAAAUGGAGGACAAAGAGGAACCAGAAUUGGAGAUCCGGUGGACGAUCAAGACGAAAGAUGGCGAGACGAGGCAGCUGAUCGUCAGCGGAGAGUGGAUUCAGGAGAUGAACCGCCGGACGCAGGAAUUGCUGCGCGGAAUCCAAAAUAAAUUUCCAAAAUUCCAGGUGCUCCUGCUUGGCACCUCAUUUCUCUCCAUAUGCGUCAUCUGCACAACUCCGGACCUGUACGAUGUGAUCGGCUGCUAUUUGAUAUCGCUGUCGAUUGCCGACAUGCUGUGCGCCAUCUUCCUAGUACCUCUUUCGAUCUACUCCUCACUGGACGUCAAUUGGAAAUUCUUCGGGUCAAACUCUCUCCUAUGCAAAUGCUCCGCAUAUCUACAAAUCGCCCUUUUCUGCUCGACAGUCUACACGCUCGCCUGGAUCUGCAUAGAUCGGUAUUCGGCAAUGACGAGACCAUCACGGUACGCCGACCAAUCGCUGACAAGAUGCAAAUGUUGGAUUGUCUUUUCAUGGCUCACUUCACUUCUUCUAUGCUGCCCUAUCGUCGUUGCUCAAAUGGAAGUGGUCUUCUGGGAAGAGGCUCAAUUAUGCGUCCUCAAUUGGUCGGCAACAUCAGCCUACUCAGGGACGCUAGCCGUGCUAGUGUUCGGUCCGGCCCUGCUCACGAUAUUCAGCUCCGGGUGGAAGAUAAUCAGUGCCAUGCGACAUCCACACUUGUUAGAAGACAACCAACGAACAGUGAUCGAGACAGAUCCAAACUUUGUCCUGACCAUGUUCCUCCUAAUCGCCUUUGCCCUAUCCUGGAUGCCCCUCCUAGGGUUAAAGGUUGCCGGGCAUUUCGGCCAGAUUGAAUCCUAUAUGGAUGUGAAUAUGGCGUCAUUCAUCUUCGUCUGGCUUGCCAUCGCCGGACCGUCAUCGAAAUUUUUAAUUUAUAUGUUUAUCAACGGGGCAUUUCGGAAAGCUGUCUUGCAGUGGCGGCCAUGCCUCGUGUGCUGUUGUCCGAGCUACAAUCGACGGCAGGAAUACAGCAACAUAUCCUACGAGAAUUAUCUC